ACCUUUAAUGGCGGAAGACCUUUAGUCGAAGUGACUGUGCGGUUGGAGGUACCUUGCCUUCUGCUUUCUCUUUUCUCUGUGGUGGUGACAAACAAAAUUGCUAAAAGCCGAAACUAACCUGUGAAUCUCUCCGCUCAAUAAUUAAAUUUGUUGAAUUAUUGCAGUUCCAGUAAUUAAUAUUUGGAUUCAUUUUCCAAAAACUACAAGUUGUUUUGUUCAAUCCCAUCUUAUAAAAUGGAUUUUGGUCUACCUCCACUGAAAGAGAAGUCGACAGGCUUCCACCGCCAGCCAAAUGCCGACAAGCAGAACGAGUACGGCAUCCCGGACCCGAUGACGUUUGGCCUGGGUGCGGCGAGGCCCACCCUCUACCAGCACCCCCUGGAGACAUCCGAACGAAACUAUCAGAAGAACCAGCAGCGCCUCCACAUGGCCGUAAUGCGAAACACCCAGGGCAUUCACGCGCCCCUCCGCGUCGCCAUGGAGCUCAAGGCCUUUGAGAAUGUCGGCCAUCUUCCUUUCCUGCCAUCCUCCAACUUCAGUCGAGAUGUCAUCCUCGGUAACGACGAAACACUCGAUUUCUCAGACAUUCUCAACACCACUGAGUUCCGUGAGACCAGACCUCAUCCUCAUGCUCUCAUGGAACAUAAAUUGGGAAUCCUUUAAAUUCAACCUCAAACGAUUAUCCUUUCUGGUUCCCUCUAAAUGUGAGAAACUAAUAUCUUAAGAUUUUCAAACAUCAUAAUCAAUAUGUAAGUUCGAUAUUGUUUUGAAUAAAUAAUUUUUCAAUAUAGCUAUUUCGGGUGAA